UCUCCCUCUUGUCACGCUCUCGUUCUUGGGUAUUAGCCUGUGUGCCCAGAGAUGUGUUAGACAGGCAUGUCUCUCUUACAGCACGAAGGCUAAGCGUGUGUGUGUGUGUGUGUGUGUGUGUGUGUGUGUGUGUGUGUGUGUGACGUCUUAAUGGGACAUUCUCGCCACCCGAGAGCAAUUGGCUUCUCUGUUUUCUAUUAGGGAAUUGGAGUGUGUGUGAUUAACUCACACAUCGUGUCGGCGUGUUGAAGUUGUGUAACGCAGAUGCGUGGUGUGGGGCGUGUUGUGUGUGUGUGUGUCAGAGCCAUUCCUGUGAAGCGAUCGAUUGGCUCACACGAGUGAUUCGAUUAUUUUGGCUCACUAAAGACUUGACUCUUUUGGAUCAUGUCCCUUGUUAAGGAUCAGAUGGGCUUCCAACAAACGCCAGAAUGCUACAAUCUUUCGAAUUGUCCCCCAAGUGGGUUUUAUCUAAGAGUGUCAUGUCCAGAGGGACUAUUGGACAUGUGACAGUGCUAGCUGGCUAAUCUCUGACUGGUUUGUUGUGUUUGAAUGGAAACAUGAGUGAGCUUCCUCCAUCUGCUCUACCCAUGAAGCCCCAGGAUGGGGUCCACCAAAGCAUGUGCCUACAGUUGCACAACAACAACAAUUUCCUCAAAUCCUCAUCAGCGUCAUCAGCGUCGUCAGCAUCAUCAUCACCGGACUCCACAUACAGUCUUAGUAGUCUGGACGUGGAAUUGCCAGAGGGCAUGAUGGGAAGGAAAGCAGCCGCCAGUGAAGAUGACUCAGGGAUCCAGAGCCCAGAUUGCAGACCCGAUGAGAAUGACAACUCGGUUUCUGUUUAUUUAGAUGCCAAUGAAGAAGAGUAUGAUAAUACAAUAAUUCAAAAUCAUGAGAAUGACAAUGUCUUCAGCGAUGCUGGUGUUGAUGGAGAGCGAGGAAGACGAGGCUCGGUUGACUGUUCAGCUACAGAGGCACAGCUGUUGUCUUCUGAGGAUGAGGAUGAAGAAGACGAUUCUUUUCUGUCUCUGAGGUCUUCUGAUGUAGUAAUGAGUAAACGAAGCGAGUCUGAGGAAGUCCAGAUGUGCAGCUCAAACCACAGUCCCACUGUGGGCCUUGUGAGUGAGCUCUACCAGGAGGCUUUUCAGGAUUCAGUGGAUCUUCCCAAUGAGGAGGGCCAGAUGUGCAGCUCAACCAUGAUGCCCAGUGUGGGCCUUGUGAGUGAGCUCCACCAGGAGGCUUCUCAGGUGUUUUACAAUGAAGAAAGCAAGAUGCAGAGAUCAACCAAUUGGACUGAGGUGGAUCUUGGGAGUGAGCUUCACCAGAAGGCUCAUCAGGAGCCUGUAGAGCUUCACAAGAAGGAGGAGCAGAUGCAGUGCUCAGACAGGAGUCUUAAUGUGGGCUCUGUGAGUCUGGAGGUUCUUCAGGAGUCAGUGGAGCUUCAGGAUGAGGAGAUCCAGAUCCAGACCUCAGCCCAGAGGCCCAAUGUGGAUCUUGUGACCGAGACCCACCAGGAGACUGUGCAGGCAACUGUUGACCUUUCCGCUGAGAAAUCUCCAGCUCAACCACCUGCAGAAUUAGUCCUCAAUCAGACAAUGUUGCCUUCGGUUUCCCAAGGUGCUCCUUCAUCUUCAUCCAUCCAGAACAUCAAAGAUCCUCCAUGUUUUCCUAAAAGAAACACCUCACAAAAUACCAAUGAUCCUUCAGAUAUAUCUCACACCACGUCUGCCAUGGAACCCCCUAAAACCAAAUCCACCAAAAUGGAGCUAAAACGGUUUUCUAGACCUAAUCUGAAGGAUGUCAAACCUAAAGUCAUCUCAAGGGCCACUUCCGCUCCAAGACCAGUGAACACUGAUCAAAGCUGCGAGAAAAAUCCCCUGAUCACGAGAAGUAGAGCAGCCAACAGGAGAGAGCAAGGUGACGAUGGAGUCAAGAAGAACCGUGGAUCCGCUACUCAGGCAAGAGCAACCAUGUCUACAACCAUUUCAGACUCUGACAGCAAAUCUACUUGGCCACUGAUGGUCAAAAAGCAACCACCAGAGUUCCCAGGGUCAAAGGUUGUCACAAAUGACUGCCAUGUGCAGACAAGUUCAAAGGUCACUGAAACUGUGAGAGAUGAGAGAGGCAACCACCACAGUGAAGUGGAAGUAGAUGAGACUCCCAGAGAUGGAGAUGUGGACCAGACUGUCUCCUCUGACCUUCGACCCCCAGGGGUCAUAGCGAGGGUCCAGAGCCGAGGGGGUGUGUCUGCGGGGGUCCGAGCAGCUACGCUGGCUGGUGUGCCAAAGAUGAGAGUGAUUGACAGCAACCCAUCCACAUGUGGCUCCGCCCCUUCAUGGAAGCCUCCUCUAAAAUCCGCCUCCUCCAAACUGCCAAUCAAAAGUGGCGGCCUUCCCAUGAACCUCAGCUCCUCCUCUGUGGGUGGUGCCAGUGAGAACAAAGGUGCUGUUCAGGUGAUGAAGAAUGAAGAGGUGUGUGUUAGACCCUCCUCAUCCUCACAGGGAAAAUCCGCCUGCACCAAACCCGCAGCAGGCGUCCGCAACAGAGCGAACACGCCCGCUAAACCCAACACUGCAGGCCAGAAGGUCAUUCAGUCCAAAACUACCCAGAGUGCACUGCAACGUGGAGGAGCUGUAAGACCUAGCCGGAAUUCAGCAACAGUGUGCCCGAGCUCCAGAGGGCCCCGGGGAACCCGACCGGUGCACACACACACUGAGGAAGAGGAAGAGAAGAAGAAUCGCUCCAUCCUCCAACUGCGCUCCCUCGUCACCCACGGCAACCGCAAACUGGAGGCUCUCGCCGUCGUCAUACAGCACAUCUUCAACGAGAGGGAAGAAGCUCUGAAACAGAAGAAGGAGAUCUCCAUCCAGCUGAAGAACCUCCGAGAGGAACUCGCCCAGUCGGUGGUGUGUUGUGAGCGUUUGGAGUGUGAGAAGGCGAGUGUGUGUGCUCAGCUGGAUGCGGCGGUGUUGGCGUUGCAGCAGCAGCACCAGGUCGAGCUGACUCAGCUGGAGGACAGACUCAGGGACUUCUACUCGGCCGAGUGGGACAAAGCGCACCAGGUGUAUCAGGACGAGGCCGACCGCUGCACGGCGCUCAUGAGGCAGCAGGUGGAGGAGGUGAAGAGCAAACAGGAAGCACUGAGGACAGAACAGGAAGUGGCACACAGCCAGCAGAUAGAGGAGCUGAGACAAGGAUAUGAAGCCAUGUUAGCAGAACUGUACAAUUGCCAUGAGAGAGACAGACAGGAGCUGGAUAACACACUCAAACGCUCUGAGGCUGCUCUCAAUGAGAGGAUUGUGAGUCUGACGGAGGAGAACGAGACUCUGAGUGAGAGACUGAGAGAGACGGAGGAAAAAAGGAAAGCGCUCGCUGACAAAAGCCAAAGAGACUCUCGGGUUGUGUAUCUGGAGCAGGAACUAGACAGUCUGAAGGUGGUGUUGGAUAUAAAAACUAAUCAACUCCAUCAGCAGGACAAGAAACUGAUGCAGAUGGACAAGCUGAUCGAGACCAACGUGAAACUGGAGGAGUUUGUUACGAAGCUUAAGCAGGAGAAUGAGGACUAUAAAGCCCGCAUGGACAAACACGCAGAGCUGUCCAGGCAGUUAUCCACAGAGCAGGCGAUGCUCCAGCAGACACUUCAGAAAGAGUCAAAAACCAACAAAAGGCUCUCAAUGGAGAACGAGGAGCUGCUGUGGAAACUGCACAAUGGCCUUUCACCCCGAAACUCUGCUUCCUUUCCCAGCUCCCCUGUUUCGCCUAGAUGACCUUUGACCCUGAACCUCCAUAGACUUUUUAUCUGUCCUGUGAGUGACUUGUACGGUUUUUAAAGACCUCACCUCUCUGUUUCCUGGAAUGACCAAUGUUCUAGCGAGAACAUACAUUUGGGACAGAGCCCAUGUUGCACAGACGCACUUCCAGACCGAGGAACAUGCCUUUUUCUGCCACUUUUCUUUCCUGUUUAUUUUGAUUCAUUCUUUUUUUAAAGGAGGAAACAUACCUCAGGGUUUGUAUAUAGACUUAUUCUCCUCCUCCACCACGGAGUUUGCAUUUCACUUUUAUUUCCAAAAUGUAGGAAGACAUUGUAUUCAUGAGUCAAAAGGAUGAAGCUUAAAUAUGCCUGAAAUGUAACCAACACACAACACUGAAGAUAUUUCAUUAUACACUAUAGUCUGAGAUUAAUUCAGAAAUAAACUGGUAGAUAUAAAAAAAAAAAAACCUAUGAAUAUUAAUUAUAUAAACUUGAAUGCUGUUUCCUUUUUACGAUACCAGCUACUGAUCCAUGUUCUAAAUAAUAUCGCAUGCACAGAAAUCCAAAUAACUAUCCGGCCUAUCUCCUAAAGCUCUUGAAUGUAUUGCCCUAAGAUGCUUUUACCUUAAUGGCUUGAACUGGAAAGUUUUUCAAAGUGAAUGUCUCCUUCAUUUCAAACCCAAUGACUUUGACCAUUUUGUGUUUUUAUUUCAAUUAAUGCAUUAAACAUAAUCUGAACACUGA